UCUUGCCAUUGGUUAGUCUUGCAACUGUCACAAUCUAUUAUUUUAGUGGCAUGAAUAGUAGGCUAUUUAGAACAAUUAUUUUCUCUAAUUUAUAUAUACUCAUAUUGUUCAGGAUUUAUUUGAUGUCAUGCAUAUUUUACUAUGCUGCAGUCCUUUCUUCUUAGCCUAUUAUACUAUAUAAAUAAUAUAUAUAUAUAUAGGCCUAAAAUAAAACGGACACACACACACACACACCAGGGCUUGACAUUAACGUUUUACGCUUGCCGGCCACUGUGGCUAGUUGUUUUCCCAAGUCACUAGCCAUCCAGCUAUUCUACUAGCCACUCAUUUUUUAUUUUUUUUUAUCACGACGCUGUACAUCUAACCUCAGAAGAUGCGGUGCUUAAAGCAAGAAGAUGAGUGCAUGGGUUUCUACUGGAAAUAAAGCAAACAAAUAGAAACUGAGUAACUGGGCUUUUUCUUUAACUUAAAUGCAAACAAUUCAUACACAAGGGGCAAAGUGCAGAAUAUACACUAUUUUGAUAUGUCAUACCAAUGAAUAAGCUUGGUUCUACCUGCCAAAUUGGCUAGUGAUACUGAAAGUGUUACCAGCCACAGCCAAGUUUUACCAGCAUUUGGCCGGUUGGCAGGUGCCAGUGUCAAGCCCUGACACACACACACAAUUGUAUAGCAUAUCAGUGUUAUGAGUUAGUCUGGGUGAAAAGGUUUCAGUUUUACUACUGGUGUUAUGGGGCUGGGCUUCCAUUGGAGAUCCCUGUUGGGCUGCAGUUGUGUUUCCGUCCGCCAGGGGGCGACUAAACAGCAUUUUCUAACACCGACCGUUUCAGUUUGGCAGGCGAAGAAGUCCUGCAUGAGUUCACCUUCAGGGAGAGAGGGUGUAAAGUAAGAUUUUGGAAAGAGACCAGUCGCUUACGCCAUGAACGGGUCCGUUCAUAGCAUGCCUACUGUAGUGGAUAUUCAAUUGAAAAGAGGACCGGCUGGGCUUGGGUUUAAUAUAGUGGGCGGUUUGGACCAGCAGUAUGUCUUGAACGACAGCGGGAUCUAUGUGGCCAAAAUCAAAGAGAACGGCGCCGCGGCACUGGAUGGACGGCUACAGGAAGGGGACAAAAUACUGGCGAUAAAUGGCAAGCGGUUGGAGAACUUGUCCCACAGUGCAGCAGUGGAGCUCUUCCGAUCAGCCGGAGAGGACGUGCUGCUCCGCGUUCAGCAGAGGCCCGGCCAUCACCAGAACGGCCCUGUGAGCUCUCGGCCGGAGAGUGAGCCGCCCGUCUCCUCGCUGGGCGUCCUCUUGGGCCUGGCUGCGGCCGCCGCAGCCAUCGGCGCUAUAGUGCUCUACUUCAAACGCUUCCCCAUCGCACUACGGAAGCCCACCUAAAUACAUACAUACAAACACACACAAACGAGAGUUAAAGAGAAAGGGAGAAAAAAGAGAAAUAUCUCCCAUUUUUUAAGGACCAAAAUGUUUGGGAGAGGUGUAAAGGGCCAAAAAGAAAGAAAAUAGCAAUAAACACUCGGAAUGAAUUCAGGAUUGGGACAUAUCGUUGGAGAGUACCACCUGCCCCACCCCCUUGAAGAAGAAGCAAGUUGGCGCGCCAGCCAGGAUUACAUACACCAAUAAGCAAACAAUGGACAAACGGAAGAAAGUUCGAAUUGGUGUUCACAUUGCUGUCAUGUUUGUCCAUGCCAUGUCAAGUCUCAGUGUUCCCCUUCAUGUGAUGGGUUUGGGUUUGCUUUUGACACUUUAAUACCAAAGCUGGGCAGCACUGCACAGAGGGGAGGGGCUUAUUCUAGCUGCCAGGAGGCUACAGAUGAUCAUGUCUCUACGUCUCUACACUGACCAGGUAGAGAGCGACGAGAGACGGAAAGCAAAGGGAUAGAGAGAAGUAGAGGAGGAGGAGGAGGAGCAGCAGCAUGAGGAGGAGAAUGAGAUGUAUAGAGCUGAGAAAGGAGAGAGGAAGUAAGUUGAAGUAAUACUGACCAAUGAAGAGUUCCAUUAUUUGAUAGCCCUGCCCCUCCCCUCACACACACCCCGGCCCUCACCUCACCCUUUAGUCCCAGGCCUUUGCCAAGAGCAGAAAUUCUGCCUUUCAAACGUUGCCUUUCUUUUUUGUUUUCUUUUUUGUUUGUUUGUCUGUUUGUUCAUCCCUUUCACCAUGGUAAUCUUCUUUGUCCUGUCCCACUUUAAUGCCAAAAAUGUAAUUGAAUACGUGUAAAUAUCGUUCCUAGGUAUACUGUAUGUAUGUAAUAAAAUUGUCACAUUAGGGGGUAUAUUUGGGCGUCACGUUGCUAUGGUGGCAUGAUUUUUAAUUGUUUUUUUCUGUUUCUUUGGAUUUGUUGCCUUUUUUGUCUCACAAUUUGUUUUGGGUUGUCGUUUAAGUGUUUUGUCGUUGAUUGGCCAAUAGUGCCGGUUGCCAAGUCUAUGCAGCUAUUUAGCAUGUCCCUGGGCCUCGUGGAAUUGGAACGCCCUGGCCCUGCCCAUACCCGCCUGCCGUAGGUGACACCGUCACUGGAUUCAGUCUCGUACUCCAAAAGUUUUUUUCUUUUUUUGGUUUUACCUGCAUUGCUCAAUCUCAGGCUGCAUGUUUAAUCCAUAUGCACUUGGUCUUUUUUGAAAGGGCGUAGAAAUUUGUUUUUGAUUUUUUUUUUCUCCAAGUGAAAAGGGAAGUUUUAAGUUAUGUACAGUUGAUGAAAUGUAAUGUAAAUCUGACUUGAAUAACUGAAUGAUUUCAAAUGUCUAACGAUUACAUCAUUUUGUGUCCUCACAAGUGUGUGAGCAGCCGCAGCAGUAGCAGCCACAUAAAUACUCUUCGCUGCCCUCUGCUGUCUUGGCAAUAGAACGGCGUGAGAAAUGUAUGCACGUUGACAUUGACGA